CGAAAUUAGUGUUACUAGAAAUUCAGUAUCGAACUCUAUAUCAAUAUGCAACGGUUAGUUGUGUUUGCUGUUCUAAUAGUAGCUGGUCAAAGUCUGGAUUCUAAGCUUGUAGCUGAAUUCGUUGAAAAAGCUACGGAAAUUGGUACAGAGUGUGCUAAGGAAACGAAAGCUAGUAGUGAUGAUAUUGCCAGAAUUAUCAAUCACCAAAUGCCAGAAACAAAAGAAGGAAAAUGUAUGAUCUCUUGUUUCUAUAAAACUUUCAAAAUGCAAAAUGAAGAUGGUUCCUUCAAUCCGAAUGGAGGAUCAGAAUGGAUGGAAAGAAUCAAAAAAAGCGAUGAAGUUGAACAUGGAAAGAUCCAACAAAUUUUCAACGAAUGCAUGAAGCCAGAUAACUACGACUCAUCCGAUCAUUGUCAAACUGCAGCAAAUGUGGCAACAUGUGUAUUUGAAACAGCGAAAAAGGUUGGACUGUCAUCUGAAAUCAUGAACUUCUGAAGCCGAGUUCUGAAAUAUUUGAAUAUAUGUAUAAUAGACCUGUCCUAUCAUGUGACUUGAUAUCCGAUAAUACUUGUAUUGUAGUGUCCAUUGAAUAAAUUCUUGAAAUUUG